AUGGAUGCUACUAAGGAGAACAUUGCUGUCAAGCUCCAGACUCAACUCACGGAGCAGAAUAUUCUCAUUGGAGUGCAACAGUGCCGCAUCCAGAACUUGGAGGCUGAUUCUGUUAAGCUUCAGGCCUUGAUUGAGCAGCUGACCAGGGAGGUGCAGUCGAUCCCUAAGGAGAACGACACCUCCAGCUUCAUUCAGGACCUGCAGACUACUCUCCAGUUCGUGCAGGAUCAGCUCAACAAGCAAGAGAAACACAUCUCUGUGCUUCAGGCCCAGUUAAGGGAGAUCCGGCGUGGAAACCUCUACCAGCCUGCUCCUGCAGCAGAGCGAGUUGCCAACGCCGCUAACAGCCGGGCUGCACCUGCUGAUGCUCCUUCUGCUGUUCCCCCUCCUACUGGAGCACGUGUUGAGCCUCCUACUGCAGCAGCAACUGCUUUUGGCUCCUGCCCUUCGGCCCUGCCUCAUUUUAUCCAUGGCAAAACUGACGUUGAGACUUGGCUCUCCAUUGUGGAGGACUUUAUGUCCAUCCACAAUGUGCGUAGCGAGGCUCGCGUGGUCGCUGCGACCCUUGCCCUGGACGACACUGCGAGCAAGUUGGUGUAUGCCAACAAGCGCCACGCAGAGGCUAAUGGCCAUCCUUUUGGCUGGGAGGAGUUCAAAGCUGCCAUGCUAGCGGCAUUCCUGAGUCAGCCCCUGGCGCUCGAGGUGCGUAGCCGCCUGGAGAACAUCCAGUGCGGUGACCAGCCUGUACGCGAGUACGCCAAGGAGUUUGAGAAAACUCUGUCGCUGCUGAAGACUGCUCUUCCUGAGAGCGAGGUCAUCCACCAGUUCUUCAAGGGACUCCCUGAGCACAUCAAGCGUGUGCAUGUUGUGCGUGGGGAGCACCAGUGGAGGACCUACAAGGAGUGCAAGGAGCAGGUCAUUGACACGGAUGUGAAUUUCCGUGCGUACAUGACUCACGCUCAUGCUCAGCAGGUCAUUGACACGGAUGUGAAUUUCCGUGCGUACAUGACUCACGCUCAUGCUCAGCAGCAGCCUAGUGCCGAAGGCCCUAGGGGGGGUGGUAACAGGACUCAGGCACACAGGGGCAGUGGCUCUUGGAAGAGGCCCUAUCAGCAGAAGGGGGAAUCCUCUGGGACUCAGUCCAAGAGGGCCCAUGCUGGGCCUGCCAAGGAUCCUCAGGAUGAGGAUAAGCCCCCGGCGGGCUGCCGCAUCUGUGGCAAGCUCGGGCACAAGUCCUAUCACUGCCGUUGGAGGAAGUCCGUCAAGAACUCCGGCAAGCCCAACCAGGGCAAGAAGCCGGAUGGUUCUGGCCCUUCGGGCCCGAAGGAUUUUCCGAAGUCCAACUAG